CGCGCGACGUCUGAAGCUCUGGCACCACGGAACAGUUGCGUCUCCAUCUGGCCACCAACCCACCCAAGCUUUCUUCUCCUCCACCACCACCUUCCUGCCUUCCCCCGCCUCCCCCUCCUCCCCGUCUUCCCUCUCCACCCCCGCCCCCAGUCUCCUCCUCUUUUUCUCACUACAAGCGGUUGCUGAUGCUGAAGCCGAGCGUCACUUCGGCUCCCACGGCAGACAUGGCGACAUUGACAGUGGUCCAGCCGCUUACUCUGGACAGAGAUGUUGCAAGAGCAAUUGAAUUACUGGAGAAGCUACAGGAAUCUGGAGAGGUACCAGUGCACAAGCUACAAUCCCUCAAAAAGGUGCUUCAGAGUGAGUUUUGUACAGCAAUUCGAGAGGUGUAUCAAUAUAUGCAUGAAACGAUAACUGUUAAUGGCUGUCCUGAAUUCCGUGCGAGGGCCACAGCAAAGGCAACAGUUGCAGCCUUUGCAGCUAGUGAAGGCCACUCCCACCCUCGGGUAGUGGAACUGCCAAAGACUGAUGAAGGCCUUGGUUUUAACGUGAUGGGAGGAAAGGAGCAAAAUUCACCAAUUUAUAUCUCUCGCAUCAUCCCUGGAGGGGUGGCUGAAAGACACGGAGGCCUCAAAAGAGGAGACCAGCUGCUAUCAGUGAAUGGAGUGAGUGUAGAAGGAGAACACCAUGAAAAGGCUGUGGAACUCCUCAAGGCUGCUAAGGACAGCGUCAAGCUGGUGGUCAGAUACACCCCAAAAGUCCUGGAAGAAAUGGAGGCUCGCUUUGAAAAGCUCCGGACAGCCAGGCGUCGGCAGCAGCAGCAAUUGCUUAUUCAGCAGCAGCAACAGCAACAGCAGCAACAAACACAGCAAAACCACAUGUCGUAGGUCUUUAAGGAAAAGAUACUCUAUCAAACAUCUGAUAGUCACAAAUUUGAAAACGUGCUUCAGAAUCCCAGCAUAUAGUAAAUGGAAAAGACAACACCAAUAAUUUUACCUGUCAAGAAGCUGUGAACACACAGUGUAUAAAUUCUUUACCAAGGCAACUCGACACUUUUCUCUGGGCUUGAAUCCCCCUGCUCACAUGCUCUUUACACACAUAGACCUUCCAUUCACUGCAGUGGGAAUUACCAGUGUGUAGAGGGAGAAAUUUUCCAGUCUGCAGACUGAAAUGUUGUAAGAAAAAAUAAAGUCUGUGACUUUUGAAUAAA